AUGCACCGCACGAUUGGCUCGAUUCGUUUGCUGACGAGAUCAGCGAGAAUCAGCGAACUCGCCGCGGCUUCCGCCUACAACUCCAAUAUUCGAUGUUGUCAGUCAACUCGAACUAGCUCUUCGUCCUCUUCCGGUGGUGAUAAUGAAGGUGGAUCUGGUGGUGGAGAUUUGACGAAUCUGCCACCAAAUAAGGCGGCUCAUUCGUAUGGAAAUUGCAAACAUUGCUCGAAACCUCUGAAGCCUCUGCCGACUGCUACUCCAUCGAAUCGAUAUAUUCAUUGUGAUCACUGCAAUAAGCUUUAUUUUGCGAAUUUCCUCGAGGACUCCUCAAAGUCGGGUUUUUCGAAGGGCUCAUUGCGCAAAAGUCCGCCGUAUCCUACUCAAAUCGCUGAAUAUCUCGACAAAUUCGUCGUUGGCCAAAAAAUGGCGAAGAAAACGUUGGCCGUUGGAGUUUAUCAACAUUAUCGCCGCCUUGAGCACAAUAUCGAGACAGGAGCUUCGUCGAUUUAUCAGACGAAUGGCGGAUCGUCGAAGAAUGCCGAAGACACGAGAAUGCCGCGAGGAGUGUUGUAUCAGGACGAAAUGCGAAUUGGACAAAUGGCGAGCAGCGAAUUGAGAAAUUCGUUGAUGCAUCAAACGCCACCACCGAGUCGUCGAAGUCCGCCAACAUUCCGAGCACUUCCCGAAAAGGAGCCGACUGUUCGUCUCGAGAAAUCCAAUAUUCUUCUCGUCGGACCAUCGGGAGUCGGAAAAACAUUCUUGACACAGACGUUGGCUCGAGUUUUGGAUGUUCCAAUUGCGCUUUGCGAUUGCACAUCAAUGACGCAGGCGGGAUAUGUUGGAGAAGAUGUUGAAAGUGUGAUACAGAAAUUGGUACAAGCUGCCGGUGGGAAUGUCGAGAAGGCGCAGCAAGGAAUCGUGUUCCUUGAUGAAGUUGACAAGAUUGCCGCCGCUCACGAAGGCCACUCUGCGGCCUACCGGGAUGUUUCCGGAGAAGGUGUUCAACAUGCGCUUCUCAAACUUGUCGAAGGGACCAUCGUGAAUGUGAAAAACGGCCGCAAAGGAAUGGGAACCCAACAAGAAACUGUUCAGAUUGACACCUCUGAUAUUCUUUUCGUCGCUUCUGGAGCAUUUAGCAAUUUGGAUAAGAUCGUUGGAAGACGAUUGGAUAAGAAGGAAUUGGGAUUCGGAACGAACUCGGGAAAUGUGAGAAUCUCCAAUGAUGAUUCGAAUGCGGAGAUUAUGCGAAAACGCGAUGAGUUGCUUGCGAAAGCCGAUCAAGGCGAUCUGAUCAGCUUCGGAAUGGUGCCGGAACUUGUCGGCAGAUUCCCGGUUCUCGUUCCGUUCCAUUCAUUCGACAAACAAAUGUUGGUUCGUGUGAUGACGGAACCGCAAAACUCGUUGCUCGCCCAACUCAAACUGCAAUUUGGAUUUGAUAAUGUUGAUUUGUCGUUCUCGGCAGAAGCCUUAGAGCAGGUCGCACAGCUCGCGCUGGAAAGAAAAACCGGUGCUCGUGCUCUUCGAUCAAUCUUAGAAGCAACGCUUUUGGAAGCCAAGUAUAUUGUACCUGGAUCGGAUAUCGAAUCCGUGCACGUCACAAGAGAAGCGGUUCUCGGUGAGAAAGAAGUCGAAUAUACUCGAAGAAAGCCGUCGAACAACGAAGAAGAAGAUAAUGGAGCACAAUUGAAGAAAUCGGCGGUUGCAUAA